AUGGCAAAGUCUACCUCGGGAAGCUUCGAACUGAAGGAGCCACCGCCUUGGCAAAGCUGUCAAUACUGCCUUUCUCCUGCGUCGACGACAAGGGCCGACCAGCCGAGAAACCCGUGGGACACGCAAGAUCCGCAACCUCGCCAACAACCGCCACAGCACCAGCAGCAGUUGUUUAUCUUCAAAAACGCUGCUGAUUUUGUAAGGCACCUACGACAGCAGCACUGCACGGUGGAAGGAGGCUCGUUCGUGUGUCGCUAUGGUUACAACGGUGUGUGCUCUUCGCUGCCGUUGGAUGGAGUUAGCGAUCGUGACUACGACAUGCACGUCACCCGGUGCCACGUGAACGCGCAGCAAAAGGAACCCCAGAUCAAGUGGUCGGUGUUUUCGGCCGCCCAGAACCUGCCGGCUGUGCUGAACGAUCCGAGUCGCGGGAAACAGACAAACUUUUUCACCAAAAAAUGGGGCGAUGCGUUCGUCGAGGGUGCACCGGUCGCUCCGACGACGCGGCUUGCCGACAUCAAGUGGGAUCAGUUCGAUGCGUACCUAAAGCGCAUCGGCAAGCGCUACCGGGUGCAUACGCGCAUCGCGAAUGUACCGACGGCGGAUGCAACUAGUCAGCAGGCGCUUGUGAGCGAUCGGCUACCGAAUGGGGCCACCGCUAGUCUGAAGGACAUCCCGGAGGUGUUCCUCAAGCAGAACCUGGAACUACAUCAACCGGGCACGUUCGGGGCCGUAUUCGCGGGCAUCGGCACGGAAGGUGGCGAGCAGACGCGGCAGUCCAGCCGGCAGCUGCAAGAACGGCUCAGCCAUUAUCUGGACAUUGUCGAGGUGCUGAUCGCGAAACAGGUGGCCGACAAAUCGUCGGCGUUCUUCCACGCAAUGACCUCACAGGACGCGAUCAUGGAGCAGAUGACGGAAGCGCUCGCGAACGUACAGCGGCUUCGGGGCAGAAUCCAACAGAUCGACGACACAGUCGUAAAGGAAUCACUGCAGGUCGUGCGGGCCGAGCGGAUCCGCGCCAACAAUAAUGUGGUGCUGGAGAAGCUGAAGCUCAUGUCGACCGUGCACCAGACGCAACCGAUGAUACAGUUGCUGCUCAGCACGCAGGACUACGUGGCAGCGCUCGAUCUCAUCAGCACGACACAGGAAAUCCUCGGCCAGGAACUGACGGGUGUGCACUGCUUUCGCCAUUUACCUUCGCAGCUGUGCGAGAUGGAACUGCUGAUCGAUAAAAUGCUUAAGACGGACUUCGAGCGGUACUCGACGGCCGAUCUCAACCGUCCCUUCCCUGUGGAGGAUGGCGAGGAUCGGGCACUCGAGGAGGACAAGCUGAUUUGCAUCAUCUCUGGGUUGCUGCGGAAGCGCAGUCUCGAUUUCAUCGACACCUAUCGUGAUGAGGCGAUAACCACGGUCCGGGCGAUCGUGAAGCAGCUCGUGAUCGAGGUGAUCGCGUCAGGUGACGCAGAAGUGUGCCUCACGGGUGCUGGCGAGGAAGCUCAAAGUCUCUCGCUAGCUGAGUGGAUCCUGUUGCUCGAGAGCGCCACAGGGACGCUGCUGAAGCUGCUCCGGCGCAUUCGAGCGGUACACGACGUGAUGCAGCAGACGGCCGAUGCAAGCGCAGGUCGGCUUACGGACGAUGUGAGCUUUAUCGAUACGGAAGCAUUCCUUUCGGCAGCUGACUACGUCGUUGUGCAGAGCAAACUGGCCAACUUGCUGCAGAGCGUUUGCAACUACUGCCACGAACGGUGCGCCAAUCUGGUGUCCAACCAGAGCCUCGAGAGCAGCUCAGUCAGCGCGGAACAGAUUGCACAUUUGGCGCAAAUUGUCGAGCGAUUUGCCGACGGUUGCCAGGCAGCGUGCGGUGUCCAAAGCGUUCCCCUGAAGCUGGCCCUGUGUGCGCAGGGCAAUCGAUUCGCGCUUAAGUUCCACACGGAACGCAAGUCAAAGCUGGCGCUGCUUCUCGACAGCGAACGGUGGAAACAAGCCGAGGUGCCAGCCGAGUUUCAGACGAUGGUCGAUAGCAUAGCACGGGGAGACUUUCACUGGAGCAAACCAGUGCCGCCGGUGGGACCUCAACUGGCGAACGGCACGAAGGAAGCCAUUUCGCCACCACCGCAAUCCGUGCUGCGUGUGGAAGGAGAACCGUUCGCCCUGGUAGGGGCCGCCUUGCUGCUGGUACAGAUCGUCGGUGAGUAUUGCCGAUGUGCGUCCCAGCUGCCCGUGAUCGCUCCCCAGCUCGGGCGCAACGUCGUGGAUCUUCUGCGCAUGUUCAACUCACGCUGCUGCCAGCUCGUCCUUGGAGCCGGUGCGCUACACGUGGCCGGUCUGAAAACGAUCACGAGCAGCAACCUAGCGCUCGUGUCCCGCGCGCUUGAACUAGUCCUUUGGCUGCUGCCGCACGUAAAGCGCCACUUCCGAUCCCUGGAUGUUCCGCAUCCACCGACGCUACCUCCAGCGCAUACCGCCAACACCAACACCAUCACCAAUACUACCUCCGGAGCACCGGGACAGCUAACGAAUGGGAACGCGCAUCAACCGGCCACCCCGACGGGGUACGAUUCGGUGGAGAAGGAUUUCGUCAGCCACAUCAAGGAGAUCGAGAACAAGGUGUUGUCGAUCGUGUGCGACGUGGUGACGGGUCAGCUGAACAACUGGGACGCCCGACCACCAGUGCCGUCGCAGCCAUUCCGCAACAUCAGCCGGCAGUUUGUGAAGCUGCACGAAGCGAUCGCCCCUAUACUGCCAGAGAAGCAGGUCCACUCGAUCUAUCGGACAGUGCAGCGGAACUUCAAGGACAAGCUGCGGGAGCAACUGCUCAAGAACAACAUCACCAACAACGGGGGGCCCCAGCACGGUGUGGUCGUGUCGGAGCUUACGUUCUACAUGGAAACGUUGCGGACGUUGCGCGCGAUGCCGGUGGCCGAGUUGCACGACGAUACGAUGGACGAUAUAUGGCUCAAGUGA